CCCGACAUUCCGGCUUCUUCUCGCCUACUACUACACCCGCUCCGCCGGCACGGAUGAGAUGGUGGCUAACUCGGCGUGGGUCGACGUGGAGGACAAGUGCCGUGGACGGGUGGAGAUGAGGGAUCUGGAUGAAGAGUACAAACCCGGCAGCAAGUUCGACCUCCACUUCUCCACCAAUGACGCUGCCAACGUCUCCUUUGUUGCAGUCGACUCUGCCAUGUACAUCCUGAACAACAAGUACCGGCUCGCUCCCAGGAAGGUGUUUGAAGCCAUGAAUUCUUACGACCUGGGAUGUUUCUACGGUGGAGGAGCGAAGAGUUCCGAUGUGUUCAUGGACGCUGGUCUGAGUUUCUUGUCCGAUGUCGAUGUGUCGGGAUUUAGACAGGACUAUACAUGCACAAAGCGAGUCGAGAGACAGAGGAGAGAAAUACGUCUACAGGAUCAAUUCUCCGGCAUACUGAGCGAGUACUCUGGCCUCAGGCUGAGAAAGUGUUGCCAGGCCGGCAUCUCCAAGAACCUGAUGUCCCUCAGCUGCGAGCAGCGGGCAGAGCACGUGAGGGAGAGCGACUGUCGCCAGGUCUUCAGGAGGUGCUGUGAACACACGCUGGAGGACAGGAGGACAAAGCCCCGAAAUAAGGGUCUGGGGAGAUCUCAGGUGGACCCCGAUGUGGUGGACAUUGGCGAGCAGCCCUUCGACGAGGUGUCAGUCCAUGUGCGGAGUGCGUUCCCCCAGAGUUGGCUGUGGGAAACCUUCUCAGCCGGACAAGCGGGCAACCACAGGAUAACAAGCGAUAUUCCUGAUUCCAUAACCACUUGGGAAAUUCAGGCAGUGGGCAUGUUUGAAAACCAAGGUUUCUGUGUCGAGGAGCCAAAGAAGAUGAAAGUGUUUCGACCAUUCUUUCUUUCCAUGAAUUUACCUUAUUCUGUGAAGAGAAAUGAGCAAAUGAUAGUGAAAGUAACCUUGUACAACUAUUCGCCGCAGACCGUUUCGGUCUUGGUCUACAUGAAGAAGGCGGAGGGUUUGUGCAGCUCGCUGGAGUCACGGGAUAACGCUGAAACGCUGACGGUCUCGGCCAACGGAGCGCAGUCCAUCGACCUCACCCUGGUCCCGCUGGUGGUGGGCAGUAUCCCCAUCCACGUGUUUGCCUUCAGUCACAGCGGCUCCCAAACCGAUGCGAUACUCAAGCACCUGCGUGUCCUGUAUGAAGGCAAUGUGGAACAAAAGGAAUGGAGCAUUGCUCUAAGUUCCAAAGAGAAAAGAUCCAUUGAAAUUUUGGAACGUCCACCGACCAACGUUGUCCCUGAUGCCAGAAAUUACCUGUACAUCAAACCCACCGGGACCAUCCUGGGUAACGCGGUGGAGAACUCGUUGAGCGCGGCUGGGAUUGACAAACUCAUCAGGGUGCCGACGGGCUGUGCAGAGCAGACGGCCAUGCACAUGGCCCCCACCGUCUUUGCCGUGGAAUACCUGGACCAGACCGAGCAGUGGCUCUCCCUCACGGCCGAACGCAAGGACGAGGCGCUGAGCCACAUCGAGACAGGCUACAGCAGAAUCUUGGGCUUCAAGAAAGAUGAUGGAUCAUACGGGGUGUGGCUAACUCACCCAAGCAGCACCUGGCUGACGGCGUUUAUUGUCAAAAUAUUUUCCAUUGUGAAGGUCUACUUGUCGGUGAACGAGAGGAUCGUCUCUGAGUCGGUUUCCUACCUGAUCAGGGCUCAGAAAAGCGACGGGCAUUUCGAAGACCCCCACCCCGUGCUAAUGAAAGUCAUGCAGGGAGGGGUCGGUGGAGCCGAGGGAGAGGUCUCUCUGACUGCCUUUGUGGCCGUGGCACUUCAACAUUUCCUCAACGCCUUCCCGCAGUCCAUCAACCCGUCUCCUGCUAAACUGGUAGGUCAUGCGGCUCAAAUCGGUAGCAAGGAAGGCGGACUCUAUGCUGGCAUUUAUUUCGAGAUUCAGAUUCAGAUUCAAUUUUAAUUGUCAUUGUCAGUGUACAGUACAGAGACAACGAAAUG